AAAGUGGUUCAAAUAAUGAAUUUUUUGGGGUUAUACAAUAUUGACAUCGACGAUAAUAAUGAUAUCAAUUUUGAUUUGGACGACGACGAUUUAAUCAUACGUAUUCCAAAACGUUAUAUUCGAGAUGUGCAAGAUCCUUUUGAUUUUUAUUCAGACAUCGAAUUCAAGCAAAGAUAUAGAUUUAACAAGGAUAGUGUUAAAUUUGGAAUAUUACCUCUUAUAGAACAAAAUUUAACUAAAGUCAAUAAACGAGGAUUACCAAUUCCACCAAUUUUUCAAUUAUUAAUAUGUUUGCGAUUUUAUGCAACUGCAAGUUUUCAGCUCAUUUUAGGUGAUACCAUGACAGUAUCACAACCAACAGUUUCCAGAAUAGUUUUUCGUGUGAGCGUUUUACUUGCAAGCAAAAUUCGUGAUUACAUUAAAAUGCCUCGAACUCAAGCAGCAAAAUUAGAAAACCAGAGACUUUUUGAACGUUUGGGAUUUGGUAAUGGAGCAAUUGGAAUACCCGGGGUUGAUGGAGCAAUUGAUUCUACUCAUAUCCGAUUAGUUCAUACAAGGUUUCAAAAUAUUAAUGAAAUCUACAGAAAUCGAAAGGGCUAUUUUUCUCUGAAUGUGCAAACGAUUGUUGGCCCACGGAUGGAAUUUUUAGAUAUUGUUCCAGAAUGGCCUGGUAGCGCUCAUGAUAGUCGAAUUUUCCAAAAUUCUCGAAUUUACAUGAGAUAUUCUGAACGUGAAUUAACUGGGAUACUUGUCGGUGAUGCUGGAUAUCCAUGCCUACCUUUCCUAAUGACGCCCAUUGCCAAUCCAGUUACAGAUGAACAAAUAACCUAUAAUAAUAUCCAGAGCAGAACUCGAAUAAUAGUUGAAAGGACUUACGGUGUUUGGAAGCGAAGAUUUCCUUGUUUAUCAAGAGGAUUAACGAAUAAACUUAUUUGUUCAACUACAAUUGUUGUAGCUUGUGCUGUGUUACAUAAUUUGUCGUUGAUACCCGAAAAAGAAGUAGUGAAAGAUAAAAGUAACAAGAAUUAUAGCAACGUAGAUAGUUAUGCAGAUAUAGCAAAGUCUUAUAAGGAGAACACUAGGAAAAUCAUACCCAACAUCGUGGUCAAAGCUAAAGAUAAAAAUAAUCGAGAUACAGUUAACCAAGUUAAGAGCCAGUUGCUGGGAGACAUCACUGUGCCGAUCAAGAAACUUGUGACAAACAAAUCUGUUGAUGUCACUAUUAAGUGCAAAAACAAAGAGGAUGUAGAUAGAACGAAGGCUAUACUAAAUAGAAAAUUGGAGAACAAGUACCAAGUUGAGGUGCAAACUCUAAAGGAACCGAGAAUGAAAAUAUUGGAUGUACAAAAUGACAUGACCCUCGAUGACCUCACAGAAGAUAUUAAGAAUAGAAAUCCAGCAAUGCUCAAUGGAAACUUCAAACUAGUUAGUGAUUUUAAAAAUAUUGCAAAACAACGCACUGUCAUACUCGAAGCUGCGCCUGAAAUAUACAGUGCUAUUGUUAAGAACGAGUACAAACUAUACACAGGAUAUCAAUGCUGCAAAUGUUUAAAGUGUUCUGGUGACCAUGACACUUCCAACUGCCAAGCUGAUUCUAUCAAAUGUGUAAAUUGUGCAUUUUACAAUGAAAAAUAUCAACAAGAUAAGUGUACUAAUCAUCAUCCAAACGACAGCACAACUAAAUGUGAAUACAUCAUAUUUAAAUUACAAAAGCUUAUCAACAUGACGGAUUAUCCUACGUUACCUAGGAUUCCGAAAUUCCUAGGACGGAUACCUGGCCAAGCAAGAGAUACUACGUUAUCGACAAAUGUACAAGCAACAUCUCAUACCAAUGGAUAA